UUUAUGGAGCGUGUUGUGCUGACUCUUCCCAGCUGUUCCUCCCCCUGAGCGCAGGGGAAGCUCAGGAGCAGCUCCAGGGUGCGGCGUCUCCUUCGGAGACCCCCAAGAGCUCGGAGGAGCCGAGGAAGGCUGGAGCUCCUCACGGAGGGUAACCCGGGCUGUUCAGAGAGGGGGUGGGGCAUUUCAGGGGAGAAUGAGAACUCUCCUGCUCUUCCUUGUGCUGACCUGAGAUGCUUAUCCGUUUUCUGAGGUAAAGAUUUAUAUAUGCAAGCGUUCGCUGCGCUGAGGAGUCGGCAGAGAGGCUGUGCAUUCUGAGGAGCUUAGCUCACCUGGUCGAUGUGAAAGCAAGACAAACCAAGGUGCAUCAAAUGAAGGGGAGGCAGCGAGCUCAGCUGUUGGAGAUAGUGCUGUUGCUUUGAGCUACCCCAGCCUCCAUCUCCAUGCAUACAGCAUCGAGAGCAUGACAACGUUUCCAAAUGGCUGUGGAAACGGCACCACUGUUACUUGCCUAGUUAUGGAUAACAAAGAUCCCCAAACCCAGACUACUUAUGUCAGUCAUAAUGGGGGAUACGGCACCAGCAACAGUCACCAGGAGGAAAUUCAAGAGGAUAAACUCAGCCCUUCCAAAAUCAUGCGCUUUUUCACCACCCCACGGAAGCGGGCUAAUUCCAGCUCUGACAGGCCUCGUUCUCUGGUUUUGAUGGGCAACCCAUCCACGUGGAAUGCUUUGUCUUCCAUCCGAAAAAUGGGAUCUUUCAAGAAGUUGAAAUCUUCAGUUUUCCAAGGAAUUCAAACAAGGGAGUGCUCAGACUUCUUAAAUGAGAAUGGUGUAGGCAAACCUAGUUCAAACGGGGCUGUGACACGAGUCCAGACUAACAGGUAUUCCUAUUCAGGGCCUCUGCACGAUUUCCAGAAUGCAGUGGAUGGCUUAGCUUCUGACUGCUCCGAUGCAGAGGAGAGUGAUGAGUCUUUCCUGAGGAAUACUCAUCGCUCACGCAGCAUUAGGCGGGCUUAUGGUGCCGGCCGCAUAAACUUGGUAGACACGGAUAAAGUUCAGAGUCAUCAGAACUGUAGCAGGCAAACAUCACCUGUCAUCACAGAGGCCAAGAUGUGUGAAAUUUUGGUGAAAGACUCUGAAAACAACAGGAUCAUUUAUCGGAGAAGCAAAAGUUCAGAUAAUUUGAAUUUUCUGAAAAAGAGCUCGUUCAAACGGAAGUCCACCUCAAACCUCACUGACCUCAAGGUUGCAAGUGAAAAACAACUACCAGCGAGGACUGUGAGUGUUACUUCUGCUGACUCAGACAAAACCAGUGGGAAUCCUGAGAGGAGAUCCAAACGAUGGAAGAGCCCUAUCAGGGCAAAGGAUUUCGACCGAGUUUUGAAACUUGUCAGUAAUGUUACAGAUGCUGCAUGGAGGAAGGAUGGCUCUAAGACUACAGCUCCCACUCCCAGUGAACAGUCCCAGAGAACAAGGUCAAACAGCAGACUGCAUGAUGACUACUCCCGCAGAGUUUCCAGCAGCACAGAUCAAGACAGAAAGAGAUGCAUUUCCCCUGUAUCUAGUCCAGAUUCUUCCUUGCCGGGAACACCUUGUCUGCAAAGCCCUGCAGUUGCUCAGGAUAAAGAGACUGAAAUGAAUGUAGCCGUUGCUGAAGACAAAAGCCUCAGGACAUCAUCAGGUAUCCCAGACUCUGAUAGCUUAUCACCCACACUGAAUGACAUUAGUCCAUUUCCCAAUGAAGUGUUUUAUUCAGACUCAGAGGAACCAAAAGCUACUGAGCAGUUUACAUAUGAAGCUGAAAACCCUCACAUUCCGGUCAGGCCAACUACUCCAAAGCCUCAAAGUCCCACUGCAGAGAAGGUAAAGUGCAAUAUUAAUUUCCAGUGUCCAAACCAUCACAGCACGUUGUCGCUGAGCUCUUCAGAGAGUGAGGAGAGAGCUGAGGUACCAGGGAUGAAGCUGGGCAAGAAUCCUGUGUGCUUCCAGGACUCGGUGCAAACUGUGUACUAUGAUGAUGGAAAUGAAGACAGUGGCAUAAGCAGCCACUCUCAACUGAGCCUCAAUUUAGCCUCUGGUGCUGAAGAGAAAAAGGAAGAGGUUGUUUCUGAUGACCACUGGAAGAGGUCUCCAUCCCAGGAUGAAGAAAAGGCAGACACACAGAAGAUCACACCCAGGAGAUGGGGCUCUGGAAGAAGAUCUCGUCCCAGACCUCUCUCAGACUACGGUCAAAUGUCAAUUAGAAGUUUAUCUAUACCAGAAGAUUCUGUUGCGGUGGAGUCUCAGACAGACUGCGUGGAUGGGGAACAUCAGCCAGGGCUGGCUUCCUUCGCACCUGUGAUCCAAAGCAAUACAGUAGGCUACCACAGAGGACGAAAAAGAAGACCCAUCUCUGUAAUAGGUGGGGUCAAUUUCUAUGGAAGUGGUCCAGAAGAAGAGAUAGAAGGUCUGCUGACACAACCUGUAGCACGGCCACCUGUUCCAGCACACCAGGUUCCCCCUUACAAAGCUGUUUCCGCCAGGUUCCGUCCGCUUACCUUUUCACAAAGUACUCCGAUUGGCCUGGACCGCGUUGGACGACGGCGGCAGAUGAGAACACCUAAUGUUGCUGCAGAUGGUGGGACUGAAUCUUCAGCCUUAGUGGAUGAUAAUGGUAGCGAGGAAGAUUACAGUUACGAGGAACUCUGCCAAACCACUCCCAGGUACCUGCAGCCUGGAGGGGAACAGCUAGCAAUUAAUGAGCUGAUAAGCGAUGGCAGCAUUGUCUAUGCAGAAGCUCUCUGGGACCAUGUGACUAUGGAUGAUCAAGAGCUGGCCUUCAAAGCUGGAGAUGUCAUUAGAGUUCUAGAAGCUUCCAACAAAGACUGGUGGUGGGGAAGAAAUGAGGACAAGGAAGCCUGGUUUCCAGCUAGCUUUGUCAGGCUGCGAGUUAAUCAGGAGGAAGUGCCAGAAAGUUGUAAUAGUAUCCAGGAUGAAGAACAAGAUGCAGAUAUAAGCAAGCAUCGUCAGAAAAUAGCUGAAAACAAGGACCAGAUGAGAACCAAUGUUAUACAGGAAAUUAUGAACACAGAACGAGUCUAUAUCAAGCACCUCAAGGACAUCUGUGAGGGUUAUAUUCGUCAGUGUCGCAAACAUACAGGAAUGUUCACCACAGCUCAGCUAAGCACCAUUUUUGGAAAUAUUGAAGACAUUUACAAGUUCCAAAGAAAGUUCCUGAAGGAUCUUGAGAAACAGUACAACAAAGAGGAACCUCAUCUAAGCGAAAUAGGGUCAUGUUUUCUUCAACAUCAAGAAGGCUUUGCUAUUUAUUCAGAGUAUUGUAACAAUCAUCCCAGUGCCUGCAUUGAACUUUCCAAACUAAUGAAGCAGGGCAAAUAUCGUCACUUCUUUGAGGCCUGUCGCCUGCUUCAGCAGAUGAUUGACAUUGCAAUUGAUGGGUUUCUUCUCACGCCCGUGCAGAAAAUCUGCAAGUACCCUCUGCAGCUCGCAGAAUUGCUCAAAUACACCACUCAGGAGCACAGUGAUUACAACAACAUAAAAGCUGCAUAUGAGGCUAUGAAGAAUGUAGCAUGCCUGAUCAACGAGCGAAAACGAAGACUAGAAAGCAUAGACAAGAUUGCACGUUGGCAAGUCUCUAUCGUAGACUGGGAGGGGCCGGAUGUGUUAGCCCGAAGCUCAGAACUGAUCCAUUCAGGAGAACUGACCAAAAUAUCAAAGCAAGGCAAAAGCCAGCAGAGGACUUUCUUCCUUUUUGACCAUCAGCUUGUGUUCUGCAAGAAGGACUUACUGAGAAGGGACAUCUUGUAUUAUAAGGAUCGUAUUGACAUGGAUGAGAUGGAAAUUGUAGACACUGAAGAUGGCAGAGACAAAGACUUUAACAUUAAUAUCAAGAAUGCUUUUAAGAUAAUAAACAGAGCAACAGAAGAGGUUCAUUUGUUCUGUGCAAAAAAACAGGAGGAUAAAAAGAGAUGGAUGGAGGCAUGUGAAAGUGAAAGAAGAAGAGUUCAGGAAGACAAGGAGAUGGGAAUGGAAAUCUCAGAAAGCCAGAAGAAACAAGCCAUGCAGAACGCUCGUAAGUCAAGGCAUGGAAAAAUGAAAGGUGUCAGCUAUAACGGGUGCCCUGUGCCUCCUCCACACCAAAGCCUCCAUCCUAUUCAUCAGCGCCACAUCACUGUGCCUACCAGCAUCCCACAGCAACAGGUGUUUGCCUUGGCAGAACCCAAGAGGAAGCCAUCCCUUUUCUGGCAUACCUUCAACAAACUCACCCCCUUUAAGAAGUGAGGGACCAAGGACAUGGGAAGGAUAUUGGCAUGAAGGCAUACCUACUCCAGGGAGAGACCUUGGAGAUAUGGUUAAGCUCAUUUGAGCUCAGCGAGUCUCCAGUUUUGGAGGAAAACCGUGGGCUCCCUUGGGCCAGAAAUACCGCCUUUGUCUAGAAGAAGGAACUCCCUUAAGGCUGCUCUGAAGUCAGUGUUGCCACCACUGCUGAUGAAGAGCAGUCUCCCUUCUGACAAAGACAGUUUGCUGUUACUGCUGUUACUCUGAAGCAGCAGUAUUUGAUCUCUGUUUCUUAGUUAUGUUGAAGUAGUGAUGGACUCAUGCAGGUCAUUGUAACAUUUCAUUUCUCUUAACCUUAUAUUGAUGGCCAAGUAGGGAGGAGCUUUUCCUAAGUGGUAUAUCAGCAAGGAAUCUUAGGAGACUUUUCUCCUUCGUUUUGGAGCACUGAGCAGAGAUCAUCCAUUAAUAUCAGCUGGAGACAUGUGAUUAACCAGCUGCUGCAGAAUUUAGUGGACCCUAAUCCUUCCUGUCUUCUUCUAUUAAAUUGCCAAAUGGCAGGAGAACAUCCCGCAAGGCCUUACCAUAUUCCAGAUUGGAACAGGGAAAUCUUAUUCUGUCAUGUAGAAACAUGAACAGAGUGUGAAAUGGACUGCAAAGAUUUGUGCAUUUAUUGCACACAAGUGGAAAUGAGGAGCCCAGGGCAUCUCAGAUUGAUUACUUUCAGUCACAGCAAUAUACUGCAUGCACGUAUGCUCUUCAGUGUAGAGCUUUUAUAUCACCUUUUGCGCACUUCUUUGCCUGAGAGAUGCUUCUUUGUAUUUUCCAAGAUGCUUAUUUCCUCUGUGUAAAAUGUCCUUUUUUUUUUUAAUUUUCUUACAGUGAUAAUGUGAAUGUACAAAGUCAGCAUUGAGACAGUAUGUGCUGACUGCUGGCUACGUUACAUAGUCCCCAUGCUUGUAUUCACAUAGUUUGACCUAGGAAAUGGAUGAAUGGUGAUGUAAAUAUAGCAACACAGCCUGGAUCCAUGCUUCUUAUGCAGUCAAUUGACAGUGGGUUGUGACCAAUUAUUUCUUCACAAAGAAAGAGAAAAUCAUACUAGAAGGGACAGAGAGAAACUGUGUGGACCCGAGAUGGAUUUCUGUCUCAGAGUUGUCAGACAAUAUUGGAAUGGGAAGGACCUAACGGGCCAGCUCUGGCCAGCAUAUGCAAUAGAUGAUUUGCAUUGCAACCAUUUGCCUAGUGAUGUGAAGUUGAUUUGGGAGAGUAACUUAUUAAAAGCCACCAGGAAGAAAAAAGAUCUUGAUAUUUGCAGCACUUAUCUUUUCUGCUUGAUAGGUCUCGUUAAGGAUGAUAAGACUGCUCGUAAUACGGAAGGAGAGAAAGACUCCGUAUGUUUCAGAACUGAUUUGCUAUGAAUGUCUUCACAGUACUAUAUCCUGUGCUGCUGAUUAGGGGCAUUAUCUGAUCAGGACAGAUCCAAGGGUAUCUUUGACAAUAGACACAAUUAGCUUUGUCAUGAAUGUGUAAUAUAUGAAGAACAAACAAGGGGCUAGAGGCCAGGCAUCUUAACAACAAUGUAAAAUGCCUUAUUUCAGACAUGUAUUUGUUCCUACUACGAUUACCUCUAUAUUUUUAUUUAUCAUCAGUGUUGUCAAGUCCACUAGUCACUAGAUGUUAUGAUCUGAUAACUUGGUGGCAACUUCUGCAAAGCCCAGGUUUGUGGUUUUGAUUUUAAAUGACAUACUUAGACAACUGUACAUUUCAAAUGCCUUGUGUAUAUAGCUCAGCAAUAAUGCAAAGUCUGCAUAGUGAUCUUCAUUGCUUGUGCUUUCAAUAGCAAUGGAGGAUGACCUGAAACAGUUAAGAACUGGAAAUAUGCACUGACAUCUUCAAUGAUCCAGCUUAAAGAAAAUGCACAGGAAAGUUAGUGGGAAAAGCUGGCUGGAUUGUGUUUUUCUUUUGAUGUUUAAAACAAGCCAUCUCUGCGCAGAUUUUUUUUUAAAGAUAAUUCUAAAUGCUCAGUUUAACCACAAGGAGCAGACUUCCAAAUGCAGGCAUGGAUACAUGCCCUUCCUCUCAAAUGAGUAACUCUUUUGUGUUUUCCACAUGCCCAUUUUUGUGGGCACUUGCCACAUUCAGGCCUGCAAACCAAAGCGAUGCUUGUACUGUCUAAAUGGAGAUUAUGUUUUUUAUAAUUGCAUUUUGAAAGAUUUAUUGUAGAUGCAAACAAAAGUCUGAAGCUGGAUGGCAGUGCUUACCCAGAUAUUUUCCCAGGUGGACCUGAAGAUAUUAUGAGAUCCACACUUACCUAUGUGGCUUUGAUAAAACAUACUUCCUGACAGGGCUCAGUUCUGUGGAGUACUGGGAAAAAGAGGAGGUUUUAGGAUGUAUCACCUGACAUGUCACUGCUAACAAAGCCUGUUCCCAUGUAGUAGUGCUGGUGCCUUAGCCCUAAAAAUGAACAGAAAUGCUUGCACAUGGUUUUGGAUGCAGCAGGUUUUUUUUUUUUUCUCAAGAAGUGAAUUUCAGAGAGAGAUAAAAAGCAAAUGUUUCAUGGUGCAGAUUACUCAGGACAGUUUUACAUACAGCAUUCUACACAUAGACAUGGUUGGUUUGUAACAUUCUCUGUGUUCUUCUUUGCAAUUGGACUUUGUGGCAGAUUAAGACAAAAUAAAACAGAACAGGUCAAAUUUAGACUACACCAUAAUCUUUAAAACACAGCUAAAGGAAAAAUGAAAACACAACAAAUACAAAUACUUGGGUUUCAGCCUGAUUUUAUAGUCUGUUGGAAAAGAGUUGCAACUAAAGUAUAAAAGUUUGUAUUCUAGCAAGUCUUGCCCUGAUCCUCCUUCUGAUGACAAAACUUCUAUCAGAAAGGUGUGACAGCAACAUCUGUUCUUCCCCUCUUGCUUUUGCAUGCUUUAAGUUACUGUAAAAAAAAAUCUAUGGCAACUUCUAAGCACAUUUGUGCCUCGUUCAGAUAAAGCAUAGCCAGAACCUUUCCAAUGGGCUGCUGAGCAGAUAACCUCAAGCUUCAUGCAUGAGGCACAGUAAAAUAUAAUUGUCCUCAACUGUGUUCCCACUGAGUUAGGAAAACACCAGACCAUAAUUGCACCUAACUCAAAAGCAUUUGAUGUAUAAAAUAAUAAGAUUGUUUUACAAGUGGCUCUUGCCAUGCUAAAUUUCAUGUUGAGUUUUAGUGGUCAGUGUAAUAACGGAGUUCAAAGAGCGACUACUCAAAUGUUCCACAUUUUAGUUGUCUUUGGAAAAUAAUUAUGACAGAGAUUCAGAGCCAAAGGUCUUUAGCCACAAUUAACACAGUACCUUUCUUUGACUGCCUUUCUGCUUUUUUUCCCCCUUUCCUGUGUCAUUUGUAUGUAGGAGAUGCCUUCUGAACGAUCUCUAAUUUAAAACUACUCGUUGUAAAUACCAGGGGUGACUUGCAUAUAGAUGCUUCAUUUGGGCAAGUGUUUUGUAACGUUUCAUCUUCCGUGCAUUGCUUUGUGUGUCUUUCCAUCUGUGUGUUGUUACACAUGUUGUAAUUGAAGUAUCCUGGCUACAGAGCAGAUGGAUUAAGCGGCUGUUGACGGCUGAAGUACAACGUAUAGGACUGCAGUAGCUUGAUGUGCAUUGUUCUGAUGUAAUUGCAUUACAAGGUUUAUUUACUCUUGGAACAUUGUUUGUCAAAUGAAUCUAUUUUCUGGAAAUAAGUACAAACUUAACAUUCCCAUUAUUUUUCUGUUAUUAUUGUACAUGGUUGAAUUAAAUAAUGUCCAAAGCUGAAGUCCCUCAGCUGUGUCUUAUAAAACUUUAUUGUGCAGUUUUAAA